ACGAUCAUUCCACAGCAGUUGCCGUUCGUCCGUGGUAGUGCGCACACCAUCUCCGUUGGAUAAUUAUCAUCAGUAAAAUUAAACUCCCUUCGAUCCGCUAAAUCCCCCCCAUAAUCAAUAAAAAUAUCCAAAUGCGUGAAUUCACCAGGAAUUAACAAUGGAUCUGUGUCACCCUCGUGUUGCAGUGCUUCUGUUUAUCCUGACUAUUAUCGGACUACCGAGAGCACAUGCCAGAACGUGGGAUCUGGCGGUGGCGAUCGGUCGCGAGAUCAACUUUCUCUCCUCGAAUGGCACCGUGACAGGCCGCAUCCUGAACCACGCUGCAGUAUCUCUCUCAGCAAUGGCCUACAACGACGAGACCCACGAGAUGUACUUAGGUGACACCAGGAACAAGAAUACAUCGAUCUUCUCAAAGACCCUGACCGAAGACACCAAAGUCUGGACCCCAAUCCUUCCCAACCCCACCUUCACCCACAUAAUCGGCAUGAUUUUCGAUCCGGUCUCCUCCUCCCUCUUCUACAUCGACACAAGAAUGUCCGCGAUCCUGAAGCUGCGUGUGAACUCCUCGAGUAACAAAUCCACUCGUGAUUUCACCCCAGCCGAGGGGAUCUCCACCCCAGAGUUGAUUUUACUGCUACCAGAGCAACACCCCAGGAGUCUCUCCCUGGACUUCUGCACGAGAACCCUCUAUUGGUCGAACAGUAACUUCUCGAGUGCCUCGAUAGAGGCCAUAGAGCUAUCAAGCGGUUCCAGAAGAAUGAUUGUCAACACAAACCUGUAUGAACCCGUGGCAGUGGUUGUGGACCACACGUCGGGGAAGCUUUACUGGGUCGACGACGAGGAAGGAAUUCGUUACAAAAUUGAGAGGAGUAAUUUGGAUGGAUCAAUGAGGGAGCUCCUCGUCCAUGGCAAACACCAGCAGCCCGCUCACCUGGCGAUCGAUGACCAAUCGAUCUACUGGACCGACUGGGUGCACUCGUCAAUCUGGAGGUUCAAGAAAACACCUGCUCCUGGGGAUGUGCCGGAAAAUUGGAAGAGUUUCUUCGAUACAAAUCGAGAUGCCGAUCCCACUAGUAUCAUAUCACGGGAUAAUCUGGGGCGGAUGGAUUGCGUGACUGUCGAGAGAAUAAUAAACUCGAAGAUGGAGAAGCAUCACCAGGAUGUGGAGGUGUACGAACGACUUGCCACCAGCACUGAGGAUGAGGAGGAUGGCAAGAGUGAAGAGAGCAUGGUCUGCUUGAAUGGGGCCAAGUUGGUGAAUGGAAACAGGAGCUGCUCUUGUCAAAAGGGAUACGAUGGGUUACAAUGUGAGACAUCCGUUUGUCAUAAUUAUUGCGUCAGGGGGGAGUGCACGGUGGAUUAUGAGGGGAAGCCGAGGUGCAAGUGCGCCUCGAGGUUCAGGGGGAAGAGGUGCGAACAGGAUGCUUGUAUUGGGUUCUGCCUCAAUGGGGGAGAGUGUGAGAUUCAAAAUGGAGAGCCCUACUGCAGGUGCCUGGGGACCACUGGGGUGAGGUGUGAGGAGAGACUUGGGGGGGAUGGGAUUUGUGGACUUCUCUGUGAGAGUCGGCUGCAGGAGUUUGGCAAAUAUGAUAGAAUAAUCUGCAGAUGCUCAGAGAGAAAUGUAACUGAAAGCUCACAAUGCAUUAUAUACACAUACGGUGUCGAGAACAAAAUCCUGGUGAUAAUAUUCUCAGUGAUAAUUGCUGUACUUAUAACAUCGAUAAUUGUACUUAGUUAUUUCGUAAACAAAUUUCGUCGGAGGCCGAGGAUUAAGAAGCGCUUUGUGGUCAGUAAGAAUGGGAUAACUCCACUGACAUCUAGGCCAGAAAUACCAGGGGACCAGUGUGAAAUUAUGAUUGAGAACUGUUGCAACAUGAAUAUCUGUGAGACGCCAUGCUUCGAGCCCAAUCUUCGAAGUCCUGAGCCGAGACUCAGCAAGAAAGAGGAGAAAAACUCUCUCCUCCUGGACAUGGAUGGAAACAAUUCGUGCUAGUACAGAAUUUCAAAAGAAAAAUUCCCAUCAAUUCACCGUCAUUAAGACAAUUUCGCUGUAACGAGACUGUUCAAACUCUCACUUGUCUACAAAUUGAGUGGGUAAAUCAUGGAAAAAACAUUUAGUAUUAUUGUUAAGUUUGACAAUGACGAGAAAACGUCGCCAAAGUAAUCCUCGCAAACUUUGAUAGGUUUAUUAUGAAUUUUUAAGAUUCUUGUCUCGAUAAACAAGAAUAUUUAAAAAAACACGAGGGAGUACCAACGAACAAUGAUUCAUUUUAAUCACCAUUUAUAAGCCCAGAGAAUUGAAAUUUACGAAUGGAAAUGGUUCUGGUGCUGAUUUUUAGUUACCAAAGAGUAAUGCAACAGGAGGUAAAUUAUACUUAAUUAUCAUUAACAUUUAUUCAGUUUAUCGUCAUUUGAAUGGCUGCCCCCACCAAAAACUUAACGUGGAUGUGUCCUAUGGUGGGUAUUUAUGUGAUUGAACUAUGUUGAUGGCUGCACAUUUCAGAAAUAACUUAAUAUUUCGAUUUCAAAUGCAGUGGAAUUACUGUAGGACAUUAUUCCAUUUUUUUCAUUUCAUUGAAACCAGAUACUUGAACGUUGAAAUUCAACAUAUCAUGACAUUUAUUACUGCCUACGUGUCCAAAGCUUCUGAGUCAGUGCCACGAUAGAAUUUCAGAGCACAAAUGUAGAAAAAUAAAAUGGGGGAGAUAUUUAUUCUUGUGAAAUUAAUUUUUCUGCUUUCAUUUGAAUAGAUUUUUAAUGAGACACGUGAUUCAUCAAUUUAUACCGAUGAAGUUAUUCUUUAUUUCAUCAAUUCUUUCCUUAUUGUCAAUUUAUAUUUGUGCAUUCGUGGUUUACUUUCGGUUCUCUAUAUCAUUUUACGACUGAAGUUCUGGAAUUCUAGACUUUCGAUUUUGAUAUGCAUUGAUAAAUUAGUUGAGCAACAAUAAAUAUUUCCCUCAGUGCAGAGAAGCGACGCAAGAAACUGCCUGAUCACGUUAUUUAAUGCUUUUACAGGAAAUUAAAUUUUUGUGGCAAUUUUUACUACAUAACAAUGUAAAACGAUUGAAAAAAACCGCGCGAAAGGAGUUCUAAAUAUUUUUUCAAGCGUUAAAAUGCAACCCAAUUUAUCUUGGCCCCCGUUUCCUUUUACCCCACGAGUUCUGAAAUUCUACACUUUCCGUUACCGCAUGCAUUGAAAGGAUUAGUUAAGCAGAAAUAAAUAUCUCCCUCAGUGCAGAAAAGUGACACCAAAAACUGCCUAAUCACACUAUUUAAAUGUCUUCAAAACUUGUAAAUUACAAACGUCAGCAGUUACUGAAAAUCAUGAUGAGGUACAUCGAAUCAUCAUGAAAUUAAUAGUCAGCGGUUAAGAAUUAUUUGCCAUUCCACGUGUAGAAAAGAUAUUCGCUGAUAAGUAAGGCUGAACCCAAGCUGUUAAUCUACAGAAAUGUAAAUAAAUAUUCAUACGAAUCACUUAACUAACAGGACAGCCAGUGCUAUCAGAAAUCGAUGAUUCACCAAUCAUAAAAUCGUCAGGAGAAUGAAAAAAACUGUUGAAUCUCUGAUAAUGAUUAUAACAUCUCCCAUUUGUAUUUAUGGAGAUGAAACAAUGAAAACAAUUCAUUUACCUCAUUUAGUUAUUACAUAGUAGUUUAUUUCACUGUGAUUCACCCGAAAAAUGAUUUUCAAAAUUGGCUUUUGUCUUCAAAGCUUUAUAUUUUAUGUCUAAAUUAUUAAUCGGAAUUGGAUCUGUUUAGUUUUUGGUUGUUAAUUUUUAUUUUAUUUAUUGACAGAAUGAGUUGUGAAUUACAAUGUGGAACGUCAUGAAUUUUGAUUUUCGUUUUGAAAAAUCAAUUAUUAUUUUAUUAUGGAGAAUUUGAGUCUCAACAGGAGUUGAAAGAGCUUUUUAAUUUUCAGCAAUAGCUUUUAACACGUUAAAAUUAUUAUAAAAAAAUUGCAGGUAGCUUUUGACGUUUCAUAAAAUUCACAACCGUUCUGUUUAUUUUUUGGGUGAAGAGUAGAAUUUCGUCUGAAAUAUUAAUGUUGUAUGUUCAUGGCUAGAGUCACCCGAUCAUCUCAUUUUCCCACGAGCUAAAAAAACCAACAAAUGCCUUAAUGAGGUUUAUUUGAGUCUAAAAAUAAGAAAUUUAAACGCUUUCAGUGAGGAAAAAAAAUACUUAAUGCCAUUGGUCGCGUAAUUCAUUCAUUCGAACAAUCUUAGUCCAUUGAAUAGUCAUGGAAAUAAAUUGUGAGAGACUGCACUCAGCAGUUCUGGACAGAUUUAAGAUUUUGAUAUUGAAUUUAUUUCGUGAUAAUUAUUCAGUGGAGCUUUGGAAAACACCCUUUUCCCAGGCACUGAUCACCAGGGACGUGAUAGUGGAUUUAUGGAGAAAGGGGUGUAUUCCCAAAUUAUUUAACAAUCUUCAAACCUGUCAUUUUCGUUUAUUUCUGUAAUUAUCAUUAUCCCUCUUCCUUGAGUCUAGUAGUGGAAAAUUUUUACGAGGGUAAAAAUUUAAUUAGAGACUUUAUGUACGAGAGAUGUACAUUAACGAGUAAUUGUCAUUUGUGCGCAGGAGCAUAAAUAAUUACUGUAAAGAAGAAAUAAAUUGAUAUGGGGAAUUAAGUAAA